AUGCAGGCGAUUCCCAUUAUAUUGAGUGAUAUCAAUGUUGGAAAGGCACCAAAGUGGAAUUUCCUUGCUUAUAACUCCAUAAUGCUAUGGGGAAGUACUAGUACCAAAGCAGCAAACAUGGCAGAAUGUCACAACUUCCGUUAUGGUUGGAGAUGGUCCUUUGCCAGUAGUGGAUUUUUGGCUUUGCCACUACUUGUACUGUCUUUCUUUCUUAGUGAGACCCCGAGGUUUCUCAUUAAGAAAUGGUGUAUGGAGGAGGCAAAAGAGUCCCUUAAGAUGUUGAAUAAAUGUGGAGCAGAAGUAGAGCUACAAAUGUUGGCAGGCAUGAUGGGAAAUAAAGGCAAGAAGAAAAGAAAGAAAUUGUCACACUCGCCACUUUUACUACUUAACAUAGUGGCUCAAAUUUUCCAGCAAGUGUUGGGCUUAGAAUCAUUACUAUUCUUUGGACCAUUACUUCUACAGUCAGCUAGAUACACCUAUAAUGCCUCAUUCGUCGCUCCGCUCAUUACCGAAGCUGUUCGAGCUGGAGUUGCUGGACUCACUUAUCCGAGUUACAGGUUCUUCGGCCGACGGAUGAAUCUAGUCUCGGCAUGCAUAGGAAUGAUUUUAGCACAUGUUUCCUUGCCGGGUCUCUUCCUUUUGGUAGGAGACUAUAUCUUUCCACUGAGCCAAAAGAGUGCCUAUGUUGGUAUGGCAUUUGCCAUCCCCCUCAUAAGCUGCUAUUCAAUGUUCUCGGGGCCUUUCUGA